AAAGGUGACCGACGAAAUGCUGCCGGGUCACGGACUGGUGGAAGAAAGGGGAAGAAGUGUUGAUUUCAGCCUAAAAUGCAUUAAAGCUAAACGUAUCCCAAUUAUCGUUACUGUCGUCAUCACAGCUUUGAUCAUCACCAUAAUUGCACUGGCAGCCAGGAAGCCUUUCCCCUGCCCAGGCUGCCCACCCCAUGUCACUGCUGCAUGCCCAAGUGGCUGGGUGGGAUACCGAGGGAAAUGCUACUACUUCUCAAAGACUGAAGGGAACUGGAACAACAGCCAGAGCCACUGCUCUUCCUUCAACGCCUCUCUGGCUUCCAUUGAUUCCCUGCCAGAGCUGGAUUUCAUGCUGCGCUAUAAAGGGGUCCCUUACCACUGGAUUGGCCUCCAAAGGGAACAAGGUGAGGGCCAGCCCUGGAAGUGGACCAACAGCACCAUAUUCAACAACCUGUUUCAGGUCAGAGGGGAAGGGCAGUGCGCCUACCUGGAUGAAUAUGGGGUCAGCAGCUCCAGGUGCUACUCAGAGAGAUAUUUCAUCUGCAAGCAGCCGGAUGAGUGCUCUAAGAGGAAGCCCAGUGCCGCAGAAGGGGAUACAAUAUUUAAGAUCACUUAAAGGGUCAAUGCAGCCUCUUCAGUGGAUGUAGAACUUAACACAUUCAUCCUCUCUUGUGCAGC